CUAAGGCUUAUUUAAAGUCAAAUAGACUUUAUUGGAUUAUCAUUUUGCUGUUCAUUGCCUAACUGUUGAAGUAUUUUAUAAUGUCUGGCCGUGGUAAAGGAGGUAAAGCGAAAGGAAAGAGCAAGACCCGCUCAUCCCGUGCCGGGCUACAAUUCCCCGUCGGUCGUAUCCACCGUCUUCUCCGUAAGGGAAACUAUGCUCAACGUGUUGGUGCCGGGGCCCCAGUCUACUUGGCCGCUGUGAUGGAAUAUUUGGCUGCCGAGGUGUUGGAAUUGGCAGGAAAUGCUGCCAGAGACAACAAGAAAUCAAGAAUUAUUCCCCGUCACUUGCAGUUGGCCAUCCGUAACGACGAAGAAUUGAACAAGCUUUUGUCUGGAGUGACC